AUGGCAGAUAAUAUAACAGUGGAGGCUAUUCUUUCUCAACAAGAUGACCACCAAUCGCUAAACGGCGAGCACUCGAAGGAGUAUGCGAAUGCGCAACCUCAGUCGCCAGCUCUAGUCGAGGUCGACGCUGAUGAGAAAUACAAUCGCGACGUGCCUCCAGAAGGAGGUUAUGGCUGGGUCUGUGUCGCAUGUGUCUUUUGGAUUAACGCGCAUACCUGGGGAAUCAACAGUAGUUACGGCGUCUUUCUAAGCUACUACCUCUCCCAUAACGUAUUCCCCAAUACUAGCGCCCUCUCCUACGCCUUUACUGGCGGUCUCAGCAUUUCUUGUGCCUUACUCGUGGCUCCGCUGGCAACCUAUCUAAUCCAGGUUCUCGGCACGCGAUUCGUGCUGAACGUCGGCGUUUUCUUCGAAACACUUUCUCUCAUCGGCUCUUCAUUUGCAACGCAGAAAUGGCACAUUUUUCUCAGCCAGGGUGUCUGCUUCGGUUGGGGUAUGGGGUUUCUGUUCGUUGGUAGUGUCGGUAUUACCUCACAGUGGUUCCACAAGCACCGAAGCGUCGCGCAGGGCAUCACAGCCGCAGGGUCGGGAUUGGGCGGUUUGAUAUACUCUCUCGCGGUGGGUGCCAUUAUUCCGCGCUUCGGUCUUGCCUGGGCCUUCCGCAUUCUGGGAAUCAUUGCCUGUGUCGUUAAUCUGGUCUGUGCGAACUUGCUUCGAGACCGUAAUAAGCUUGUUGGGAGCCGUUUGACAGCCUUUCAUCUCCCGCUUCUGCGCCGGCCGGAAUUUCUAUUAUUCAUGGGAUGGGGUAUCUUUAGCAUGUUGGGAUACGUGGCUGUAUUGUUCAGCAUUGCCAAUUUUGCUCUCUCGGUGGGCCUUACAUCGCAUCAGGGAAGCAUUGUCUCGGCGCUGUUGAACCUCGGUCAGGGUCUUGGUCGUCCCUUUGUUGGCAUGUUCAGUGAUCGGCUGGGCCGUAUCAACGUCGCUACUUUCUUAUCAUUCCUCUGCGGUCUAUUCUGCCUUGUCAUCUGGGUAUUCGCAGAUAGCAUGGGCGUGGUUUGUUUCUUCGCCGUCCUCGUCGGGACGGUGGCGGGAACAUAUUGGGCUACUGUCUCGCCCGUCCUGGCAGAGAUCAUUGGCAUCAGAGAUCUUCCCUCUGGACUGAGCAUAACUUGGCUCAGUCUGGUCGCACCCUGCACCGUCUCUGAGGCAAUUGCCUUGGAGCUUCGAACCAAUGACGCAAGCGGCACCCUCUCCUAUCUCCAUGUGCAGCUCUUCACUGGCUUCAUGUACAUCGGGGCUUCGUUAUGUCUGUGGCUUGUGCGUGGUUGGAAGAUUGGUGAAGUGGAACGAGCUCAAGAACGUCGUGAUUCUGUGGCUCGUUCAUCUCCUCUCACGAAUGAAAAUGAAAGAAUGGAUCGCCCUGCAACCAUUGCAUCAGCUUCGACAUCUGGAGCGACUUAUGACCCGCAGCUGUGGAGACCAUUCAGCCUGGUACGUAGAAUGGUAGCUCUCAAGCGUGUGUGA